UAACGCAAUCCCAAUAAUGACUCCGUCAUCUUCACCUUUUGUCACUAACCACUUCUCCUUCUUCAGUCUCAAAUAUUUUAUUUCUAUUUUGUCUUCUUUCUUCUUCUUCUUCAUUUAUUGCUCAGUGCUUAGCUUUGUUUUGUUCAAGAGAGACGUUUUGGCUUGCAACUAACAAACUUUUCUUGGGAACUUGAGAAUUCGUUCAUGGUUUCAUCAUUGUUGAAUGGCUUUGCCUUUGUCUUUCUCUCUCUCUCUUUGUGUGAGUGGGUUUGACUCUCAAACUUUGUUUUUUCUCGAGAAAAUUUCAGCUUUUUGAGAGUUGAACCGACAAUUCUCCCUUUUGGAAACAACCCACUUCAGUUUUCAUCCUAUAUGGAUAAAUAUUAAUAUACGAGGCGUUACUUCCUUGCUUUCACGAGGUUCUCGUUCAUGAGAAGUUUUUGAAGGUGGGAAUAUACAGAGAAAGUUAUGAAGAGCUUGAAGACGUUUAAAGUUUGAAAGUUUCUCAGAUUUCUGCUGUUUUAAGGAUGCUAUAGCGAAUACCAAUAAUGGAGUUUAUAAUUAUAGUCUAGUGGAUUCUUAAAUCUCCAUCUUGUACCUCAGUUUUUACAAUAUGGCCAGAACAUUAGUGCGAUCCUUGCGAGUCUUGGCAGUGUUGUGUUUCAUUGCUUCUAUUUUCCCGCCAUCCAUGUCAUUGACUGUUGAAACUGAAGCGCUUAUUCAGUUCAAAAGCCAGCUAAAAGAUCCCUUAGGGAUUCUGGAUUCGUGGAAAGAUUCUGCGGAUUCUCCUUGCCAAUUCUCAGGAAUUACUUGUGAUCCGGUUACUGAGAAAGUCACAGAAAUUUCACUUGAUAACAAGUCUUUAUCUGGUGAGAUUUCACCUUCCAUUUCGGUACUUGAUAGUCUUACCAAGCUUUGGUUACCUUCAAAUCAUAUUUCUGGGAAGCUUCCUUCGGAACUAGGCAAUUGUAGCAAUCUCAAAGUGUUGAAUGUGACGGGAAAUUAUAUGUUCGGAGUCAUCCCAGAUCUUUCUAUGUUGAAAAACUUAGAGAUUUUAGAUUUGUCAUCAAACGGCUUUAGAGGUAGAUUCCCUAGUUGGGUGGCUAAUUUAACAGGACUGGUUUUGCUCGGUGUUGGCUCAAAUAAUUAUGAUGAGGGUGAAAUUCCUGCUACUAUUGGGAACUUAAAGAACUUGACUUGGCUCUUUUUGGCUGACUGCAAUUUGAAGGGUGAAAUUCCAGAAUCUGUUUUUGAACUGAAGGAGUUGGAUACACUGGAUAUAUCUGUAAACGCAAUUUCUGGGACAAUCUCAAGAUCAGUUUCCAAUUUGCGGCAACUUUCCAAGAUUGAGGCAUUUGGGAACAAUUUGACUGGGGAAAUCCCACGGGAGCUUGCCGAGCUCAAUCUUUUGCGGGAAAUUGAUAUAUCUAACAACCAGAUGUCGGGGGAAUUGCCUGAGGGGUUUGGGAAUCUGAAGAAUCUGACAGUUUUUCAAUGCUAUAAGAAUAACUUUUAUGGAAAAUUGCCCUCUGGAUUUGGGGAUAUGCAGCAUCUUAUUGGUUUCUCAAUUUAUGAAAACAGUUUUUCUGGGGAAUUCCCAGCAAGUUUUGGUCGAUAUUCACCACUUGAGAGUAUUGACAUAUCUGAGAAUCAAUUUUCGGGUAGUUUUCCCAAAUUUUUAUGUGAAGGGAGGAAGUUGCAGGCCUUGCUUGCCCUGAACAAUAAUUUUUCUGGAGAGGUGUCAGAUUCCUAUGGCGAGUGCAAAACUCUUGAGAGGUUGAGAAUUAAUAAGAAUCGGUUGUCUGGGAAGGUUCCUGAUGGUCUCUGGGCACUGCCGAAAGCGAAAAUGAUUGAUUUUGGCGACAAUAACUUUAUUGGAGGGAUAUCCCCAAAUAUUAGCUUUUCCACUAGCUUGAGUCAGUUGAUUUUGCAAAACAAUAGGUUCUCAGGGGCGCUUCCUUCGGGACUUGGCAAGUUAUCAAACUUGGAGAGACUCAUCUUGCAUAAGAAUAAUUUCUCUGGUGAAAUACCUUCUGAAAUUGGUGCUUUAAAGCAGUUAUCAUUCUUGCAUUUGGAAGAUAAUUCAUUAACAGGAUCAAUACCAAUGGAAUUGGGUUACUGUACUAAACUGGUGGACUUGAAUCUUGCUCGGAAUCUAUUGAGUGGUAACAUUCCGAGUACAUUUUCACAACUGAACUCCUUGAACGCGCUGAAUCUUUCUGAAAACAAACUCACCGGUUUGAUUCCAGAUUCAUUCAGGAGAUUGAAGCUAAGUUCUAUUGAUAUGUCUGAGAACCAGUUGUCAGGAAGUGUUCCUUCUUAUCUUUUAAGGAUGGGCGGAGACAAAGCCUUUAUUGGUAAUAAAGGACUCUGCCUGGACCAAAGUACUAAAACCCUUAUGAAUUCAGGUCUGGAUGUUUGCCCCAGAAAGCAUAGUCAGAAAAAGUUUAAAAAUACAUGGGUUCUGUUCUGUAUCAUAGCAGCUGCCUUGGUGGUUGUUCUAGCUGGAUUACUGCUUGUGAGUUAUAAAAACUUCAUGCUCGAAGCUGAUAUGCAGAAUGAUUUGGAUGAGGAGAAAGAAGUAGAUCCAAAAUGGAAACUUGCCUCUUUCCACCAGAUGGAUAUUGAUGCUGAUGAAAUAUGUAAUCUAGAUGAAGACAAUCUAAUUGGAAUUGGUGGUACGGGAAAAGUUUAUCGCCUGGAUUUGAAGAAAAAUGGUGGUACGGUUGCUGUAAAACAACUAUGGAAAAGUGAUGGUGUGAAGGUUUUAGCAGCAGAAAUGGGGAUCUUGGGCAAAAUCAGGCACAGAAAUAUACUGAAGCUUUAUGCUUGUCUAGUGAAAGGAGGAUCGAAUUUUCUGGUGUUUGAGUACAUGGCAAAUGGUAAUCUGUUUGAAGCCCUUCACAGAAAGGUAAAAGGUGGACAACUAGAACUUGACUGGUGUCAGAGGUACAAAAUUGCUCUAGGAGCUGCAAAGGGAAUUGCGUAUCUGCACCAUGAUUGCUCUCCUCCUAUUAUUCACAGAGAUAUAAAAUCAAGCAACAUUUUACUCGACAAAGAUCAUGAGCCAAAAAUUGCUGAUUUUGGGGUUGCAAAAAUUGCAGACAAGUCUUGUAAGGGUUCUGAAUAUAGCUGCUUUGCCGGAACACACGGUUACAUUGCGCCUGAGAUGGCAUAUACUUAUAAAGUCACCGAAAAGAGCGAUGUAUAUAGUUUUGGUGUGGUGCUACUAGAAUUGGUUACUGGAAGAAGACCAAUCGAGGACGAGUAUGGAGAUGGAAGAGAUAUAGUUUACUGGGUUUCAAUACAUCUCAAUAACCGUGAAAACGUCCUCAAGGUCCUGGACAAUGAAGUUGCAUCUGAAUCUAUCCAAGAGGACAUGAUUAAGGUCUUGAAGAUUGGUGUUCUAUGCACUAGCAAGCUCCCAAGUCUUCGCCCUUCCAUGAGAGAAGUUAUCAAGAUGCUUUGCGAUGCUGAUCCUGGCAUUUUCAAGUCUCCAGAAAGUGGUUUGGAAAAAUCUGGGAAGAUCAUUCUGUAGUUAAAUCUCUGGUAGUGGUAGCUAAUAGCUUAUCUUUGAGUGUUUUGAAUUCUCAUGCAAUUGUUAGUUUCUUCUACAUGCUGCCCAAGAAUUUGGUGAAUAUAUUUUAAUACUUGCUGUAUUUACUUAUGAAGCUUUUGCUGUACCAUCACAUGAAAUGGAUUUUGAUUUUUGAUAUAUAUAUAUUAAAAAUGUGAUGUUUGCU